GGAAGAGGAAGAAAAGAAAGAAAAGAUAGCAAAGUGCAAUGUCGUAUCACCGCGGAGGUCAAACGGGCUCCGUAGCCGUGUCUUACAGUACCAGCCCAAUGGCACCACAUUCACCUAGCAGGCGAUAUUCAAGUGGCUCGACAUCUUCGAGUACAACAACAUCCGGAGUUGGAGGUGGUGGUGGUGGUGGUGGUGGCGGUGGUAGUAGUGGUGGUGGUGGUGGUGGUGGAGGUGCUAGUAGCAGCAGUGGAGUAACCGGUAGUGGAGGGAGCAGUAGUUCAACGUCCAAGUACAAUUACACCUCAAGAGAUACCCCAUCGUCGCUUCGAGAUCGUUCGAGCAUUUAUUCAUCGUCCCCAUCAUCGACGAUUCCUAGUCUUCGUUCCAGCUACGUUUCCGAUUGCAGAAGAUCUUAUUGCCAAACUGGAAGUUACUACUCAUCGGCUACGACCAGCAGCCUCCGCAGGAGCUACUUGUCGGAGUACAGCCGACCUCAGUGCUCACCCUCAAGGUCUUCGUACGGCGGUGAUACAACUGGCAUCGGUGGAAGCGUCUGUAGUACUUUGGCAAACGGCAUCAGUAGCAUCGGUUCCAGCGGGCGAUACACAUCGUCAACAUCAUCUUCCUACCUAUCAUCUUCAACCGCUUCCUCGAGGGAUCGUACCUUGGAAUCGUCGGCGUUACGUCGAGACAUUAACGCGGACAUCAUUGGAAGGUGUUCGCCUUUGGUUUACGUACCUAGCGUCGUCCGUCACUCUUCUCAGAGUGGCACUCAUCGUUGGAAGCAACAGCAACAUUCGAAGGCAGCAACAACAGGGAUUGGUGGUUCGUCUUUGAACGAAUUGAUCGGAGGGGAGGAACACGAAAGGAAACGAACGGGAAGUGUACGUCCCGAAUCUUCACUCUCCUCGUCUUCCUCGUCGUCAUCGUCGUCCGCCAUCACAGGUGGUGGGCUUUGGUCGAGGUCUAAGGGGAGGCCACCUAUCGCCGGCAGCACGGUGCUCACCACCGGUACGGGGCAUGCACGCGCCCACAGCGCAACAUCGUCCGUCGAGGUAACAAUCGCCGGUCAUCGGGCUGACGAGGACGAUGACGACGACGAAAUCGACGACGACGAUGACAUUGAGAACGACGACGACGACGAGGACGAGGAAGACGACGGCGACGUCAACGACGAUAAUGAUUACGUGAACGACGAGGACGAGAACGAAGACGAGACUAACGAGCGCGAUAACAACGACGACGACGACAACAACGAGGACGACGAGGACGACGAGAACGAGGACGUUGACGCGGCCAUUGGGCCAGCGAAUGUAAAUGACGACGAUGACGACGACGAGGACGACGAUCGACGGAACGACAAUAACAACAAUAACGCCAACGGCAAUCUCGACGGGAGCGGCAACAGGAAUAAUACUAGCAGCAAUUCGGGCUCCAACGAGGAGGACGGAUACGUCUACGAGCAGCUAGAUUAUAACGACGAUCCGCGGCGCGACGAUGACGACGCGGAUAACAAUCGUAUCAACCGCCAUCACCACCAACGCUCUCGUCGUUCGGUCAGCAACAAACAACGUAUCUCCGUUUCCCCGACGGCCGAACGUAAUGUCGCGGCGACCAUAGCUGCCGCCAUUGUUGCUGCCGUUAGACCGCGUAACGAGGGUGGUGCUGGCGGUGGUUUGAUUCCUGUUAAUCUUGACCUGCUAACUAAUCUCGCUAAUACUAAUCCAAAUAAUACCACCGAGCAUUUGAUCGAUAACGACGAGCAGAGUAGUCAACACAAUUCCUCGCUCCAGUCGGACGAUUUUGAGAUCGACGAUAACGAGGUAAUACGUGGGGUCAACGAGAUAGCCUCGAUCGAGCCGGUCGAUACUUAUCGUCGGAAUGUUCUUUCCUCUGGAAAUCACGACAUAUUGGACGGUCUCAGUACCAAAAGCAAUUCGCCCGUUAAUCCAUUCGAUAUCGAGGAAAAUGACUUUGAGGUCAGGACUUUGUAUACCGUACUUCAGAACGGUCUGUCGGGAAGAAACUCCGAUGACCAUUCCGACGAUCCGUCCGUACCUUCGACGUCCAGCCGGCAGGAAGGACAUUUCUCUGGAAUCGACAGGAACACGGGGGCAUCCGCUAGUGGUGGUCUUACCUCAUCUUCCCCUGCAACACCUAACACGAGACAGCAAAGUCUCUAUCGCGCUGGCAACGAGCAGUUCGAGGGCAGUCCAACCAAUAGACCGGUGCGUAAUCCAUUCCAAGCUCAUCGGGACGAAAGAUGUGGCUUAAACGGUUUGCGAAAUAUCGGAAAUACAUGUUUCAUGAACAGCGUGAUCCAGUGUCUGAGCAACACCAGACCACUUUUAGAAUACGUGAUGAACGAAUAUUACUUGGUCGACAUAAAUACCACAACGUCGAGUAUGAAAGGUGCUUUGAUAAAAGCGUUCAGUCAAGUAAUACAAGAAUUGUGGCAAGUUGACGGGGAUCACGUGGUCAAUACAUUAGCUUUAAAAUCUCAAAUACAAAGAUUUACGCCACGAUUCAUGGGUUAUAGUCAACAAGAUGCUCAAGAGUUCCUCAGGUAUUUGUUGGAAGGAUUACACGAGGAUGUUAAUAGGGUCACCAUUAAACCACAGCCGAUUCAUACGGACAUACCUGAUAUGUAUACGGACAGCGAAAAAGCGGCAGAAAGUUGGAAACGUUAUCUAAGAAGCGAGGACAGCAUGGUAGUCGAUUUAUUUGUUGGACAAUUAAGAUCGUCCUUACGUUGUACAUUCUGCGAUCACGUAUCGGUAACGUUGGAUCCAUUUUGGGAUUUAAGUUUACCGAUUCCAGCUAGAAGUGGCACGGUCAAGCUCAGCCAAUGUUUGGAACAUUUUACGCGUGAAGAGGUUCUCGAUGGCGACGAGAAACCAACGUGCUCGAAAUGUCAGAUGAGAAGAAAGUGUACCAAGAGCUUCGGCAUACAAAAAUUUCCGAAAAUUCUUGUCAUUCAUUUGAAACGCUUUUCGCCGAUGGAACGAUUUCGUGGCAAGCUGAACGUAAUGGUUGACUUUCCAUUGAUGGACUUGGAUCUCAGUGCCUUUGCCGCUCCAAGAGUACCGGGUUGCACGUACAAUCUUUACGGUGUCGCCAAUCAUUCCGGUACAACUUAUUCCGGUCAUUACACGGCGUAUUGCAAGCAUCCGUAUUCAGGAGAGUGGCACGAGUAUAAUGACAGCCAUGUUUCGGGGAUAUCAGCUAAAUCGGUUGUUUCCAGCGAAGCCUAUGUAUUAUUUUACGAACAGCAGCCCCAUAGUUCUCAUUUGUAACCUCACGCCAUGUUGUUUGAUCAGCGACCAUCUUGCCUCUUGAUAUAUUAUGUACCAGGCUCGGUCCAGCCUUUUAGCAAUACUCUUCUAUCGUGUGCGAUAUUCAAAAGCGAACAGUAAAUAAUAAACUGGACGACAAGGACGGGUCACUUUACUCAGGAACGUAGCGUAUUUCGCGCGACGUCUGUGACAAAAGCCUCUCUAUUGUUCUUUUUCUUUUUCUUCUUUUUCAUUUUCUUCUUCUUUUUCUUCUACUACUUCUUCUUCUUCCUCCUCCUCCUCUUCCUCUUUAACUUUUCUUUUCUCUCGACAAUUUCUUUCUCUCUUUUUUUUCUUCUUCUUUUUUUUUUUUAUUUUUUUUGCUGCUCUCGCGCGUUUUUUAUUUCUUCUUUUUCUUUUCCUUCUUUUUUUUCUUCCCCACUUUGAAAUUUUACUUUCGACGAAAUGGAACGAGUUGAGUUUAAUCCAAUCGACUUGGUAAAAAGAAAGGGGAAAAAAAGGAAAAAAAAAUAAUAAUAAUAAAAAAAA